GUGAAGCAGCUCUGACAACAUCAUCCAAGGUGCGGCCCCAAAAUCAACAACGCGAUUGCUGUUACACUGAUAACGCCCGCUUGCUGCACCGGUGCAAUUUGUGUUGAUGCAUGUGACUUGAGUCUCGCCGGCAAACGGGGACUUGUUUCUAUAUUCGCUUUUGUUAGCUUGCCUUGCAGCACCGUCGCCAACCUCGCUGCUCAUCGCCCACCCAGCCUCAAACAAUGGAGUCGCAAAACCAGUCAGCGCCAACCCACCCGUCACAUAACCGGCCGGCACCCGUAUACGAUCCCACACAAGGAGGACACUAUGGUGCCUGUGCUGCUCUUGCCUCGCAAGGCUUUGCGCCGGCUGAGCUAUACACCGGCCCCUGGGCUAAUGUUCACCAGGGACUCACAGGACAGUACAAGGAUAUUUUAACAACGUACUGGCAACAGACGAUUAGCCACCUGGAAAGCGACACUCACGAUUACAAAAUCCAUCAGCUGCCCCUUGCGCGUAUCAAGAAGGUCAUGAAGGCCGACCCAGAAGUCAAGAUGAUAUCUGCGGAAGCGCCGAUUCUAUUUGCCAAGGGCUGUGACAUAUUCAUUACGGAACUCACUAUGCGAGCAUGGAUCCAUGCAGAGGAGAACAAGCGCCGCACUCUGCAGCGCUCCGAUAUUGCCUCGGCACUUGCUAAAUCCGACAUGUUUGAUUUCUUGAUCGACAUUGUCCCUAGAGAAGAAGCUACAGCACACGCCAAAAGAACCACCACCCAGCCAUCCGCCGCGCAGCCGGUGCCCGGCGGGGGCCAAGCACCAAUGCCCGGGCAGCACCCAGGCAUGGCCCAGGCGGCCGGCCAUCCGUCUGGCCACCCAAUGGCUACUGCAGAUUACAUGGGCGCACAUGCGCUCGGCUCUGAGCAGGAUUACAGACAGACCGCCAACAUGUAUCCUGGUCAGGUUCCCCAGGGCCCUCCCGCUGCCGCUUAUGGACAGACCCAGCCACAAACGGCCAUAUAUGGUGAGAUGGAGGGCAUGUAUCCAUACUCAACAAUGCAACCGCAACAGGCACCAAUGCAGUCUGAAGAAUUUGAAUAGGUCUCGCUUUAGAUUGCAAAGGGAGUUAACAAAAGCCAGCAUGACACAGGUGUUUUGUCCUGGUCGGUUGCGACGUAACAAAAUCGCUAGCUCAAGAUACCUUUUGCCUACUCCCUCCCUGAUAAUGAGAGGAGUCUCCAGUUGGGCGAAAUAUCAGGCAUAUCUUGUGACCUGGAGACACAUCUAAAAAACAAUUUGCUUCAUUUCAUGAUGGCGAAGCGAGACAGAUUGGAAAGCGGCGCAGUUCUCGCCGAAGGUUGUGCGGUAGGAGUAAGC